CGUUCGACAGUGGUACGCGUUGGAUCGUUGCAGAAGUUGCUCUCUUGAACAGAAACUCUCUCGCGCGCGCAGCUUGAGUCUCAAUAAAUUAAAGCUCUCUUCCUAUAAGUUUUGAAAUGUGGCAAUAAAAAAAAGGCAAUUUCUUCUUUAUCGAAAAACCUAAUUAAAAAUAACAUUUAAAGAAUAUAAAACUGAGAGGUGUUAUUUUUUUUGAAAAUGCGUGUUUUACUUUUGCUCGUGGUUGCUCUUGGUACAGCGAAGGCCGGUUCUGAUUAUUUUAUGAAAAUGUUCAGUCAACCGCCGCCGAAGGACCCGUGUUACGACGACGAUCGCCCGAAGAAGUGUAUACCGGAUUUUGUGAAUGCUGCUUUUAACGCACCCGUUAAGGCAUCUUCAACUUGUGGUUCGAACGGGCCAACGCAAUAUUGCGAAUUGGAUACAGAAAAUCAAGGAAACAAUAAUAGCCAAAAUCCGAAAUGUCAUGUAUGUGAUGAUCGGGAUGCAAAGAAUCGAUUUCCCGCGACGUUUCUAACCGAUUUAAACAAUCCAAAUAACGCAACUUGUUGGCGAUCGGAUCCAUUUCAACCGGCUACGUCGAUUAAUUCACCUCCUGAUAACGUGACAUUGGUUUUAAGUCUUGGUAAAAAGUAUGAAUUAACUUAUGUUAGUUUACAAUUUUGUCCCAAAACACCAAAACCCGAUUCAAUAGCAAUUUUUAAAAGUAUGGAUUACGGAAAAACGUGGCAACCGUUUCAAUUUUAUUCAAGUCAGUGUCGAAGAGUUUACGGAAGAGCAAAUCGCGCUACCAUUACAAAAGCCAACGAACAAGAAGCUCGUUGCACCGACGCUCAUCGUCAUGCGGGUGGUGAAUUCAUCGGUCACAUAUCAAGAAUAGCCUUUUCGACUUUAGAAGGACGUCCAUCGGCCUCCGACUUCGAUUACUCCCCGGUUCUUCAAGACUGGGUAACAGCGACAGACAUAAAAGUAGUUUUUAACCGCCUCCACAUGCCCAUAGAAGAUCCACCCUCAUUCGACGACAUCAUGAUCGAAGAACACAAAACAUACAAAGCCCUAGGUCACCAACAUCACUUAGACGAAGAAGAAGAUGACAUCGAAGAUCAAACUAAAGGUCCCAUACCUUUAAAUGAAAUGCAAGUGAUGGAAACCGAUGAUAUUAAACCAGUUGUUGUCGAAACUAAUGGUAUUAGUACAUAUCAUCCUGUACAAGUAACCCAUCAGUACGCGGUGGCUGAUUUUGCUGUUGGAGGAAGAUGUAAAUGCAACGGGCAUGCUAGUAGGUGUAUUGUGGGCAAAGACAACCAGUUGAGCUGUGAUUGCAAGCAUAAUACCGCCGGGAGGGAUUGUGAAAGAUGUAAGGCGUUCCAUUUUGAUAGGCCAUGGGGACGUGCCACUGCUAGAGAUGCUAAUGAAUGUAAAGCUUGCGAGUGUAACCAGCACGCCAGAAAGUGUACCUUCAAUAUGGACCUUUACAAGCUGUCUGGUCGAGUUUCUGGCGGCAUCUGCAAGAACUGCAGGCACAACACCGCGGGGAGACACUGCCAUUACUGCAUGGAGGGCUUCUACAGGGACGAGAACAAGCAUAUGUCGCACAGGAGGGCGUGCAAACCUUGUAACUGUCAUCCCAUUGGAUCAUCAGGAAAAACAUGUAAUCAAAUAACUGGACAGUGCCCGUGUAAGGAUGGUGUUGUAGGUACGACUUGUAAUCGAUGCGAUAGCGGAUACCAACAGAGUAGAUCGCAAAUAGCACCAUGCAUUCGAAUACCUGAGGUUAUAAUGGGAAACCAACAACAUGACGACAACGACUACCGACCGGACACCGAUUCCGGGCCCGCAGGGGGUAAAUCAGUGCGGAAAGUGCAAGGCGUCGGCAAAAAGGCUCAACCUAAAGAAGUAUUGCAAAAGAGACUACGCAAUAAUGGCUCGAGUGUUAAGCCGCAUAGAGGAAGCCGACGACGAAUACACGAAAGGUUGGGUAAAAUUCAUAAUGAAAGUGGAAUCGAUUUUCAAAAAAGGAAGGGAUUCAAAAAUAAGAAAAGGCACCAUGACUCUGGUCGUUCCAGCGGCUGAACUCGCGUGUAAAUGUCCUAGAAUCAAAACCAACAAACCUUAUCUACUUCUGGGUAGAGAGAAAGAUGACUCUCCCACAACAAAACUAUCGAAUAUACUGGGUGUUACUCAACGUUCCAUUGCUAUUGAAUGGAAAGAAGAAUGGGAUCAACGUAUGCGCAGGUUUAGACGUCGGGCACGCACGUGUAAAUAAACGACAAAAAUUAAACACGAAAAAUUAAAAAAAAAAAACAAUUAAUAAAUUAAUUGCCAUAGCUUGAGUUAGAUUUUUUUUCUGUCUAUGAAAGAAUUGAUAAUAACAAAUAUGGUAUAAAAUGUAUAAUGAUACUUGCCAAUAAUAUGAUUAUCGCACAAUAAAAAUUAUAAGAAAGUAAUAAAUAAAGAAAUUACCAAUCAAAAAAGAUUUGAAAAAAAAAAUUCCAAAAAAAAUAAGGUUUAAUCGUUGACUGCUGUCACUGUGAUUUUUUUAAACUCAGUAUUUUAAUCUGUAUCUAUUUUACAUCCGAUUUAUUUCGUUGUAUAAAAAAGAAAUUACAAAAAAAAAAUCGGUA